CAUGAAAAUCCACUCAUCUGUUUUUAUUACAAUCAACAAUUUAUUUUUUAAAAGUAAAACAUAAAUAAAUAAACAAUCAACAAUUUAAUUUAUCUCCUCCUUUUAUAUUAUUGUUAUUUCACACUAUCAAUAAUUCAGCAUCAAUUAAAACAAUAAUAUUUAAAAAAAAAUAUUUAACCAGCAUCUGUCAUUGUGAGGCUGAAUUCAACAUCCAGUUUUUAAUUAUUGUAAUUAUUAGUUACCUCGAGCUCGAAAUAAUAACUUUUUUUUUUCUACGUUUUUAUAAAAAUGAGUAUUGAAUUCGAAGAUGUCAAUACAAUACGUUACGAAUGGAAAGCAACAGUAUUCAAAGGAAUUAUUUGUUUAUAUUCCGAUCAAUUUACAAUGAAAGGUAUCAACAACAACAUGUCAUUCAACAUAUGUCUAAUAUUCGGAAUAUAUAAUCCAAAUAAAAUAGACGUGUCCAUAAAAAAAUCAAACAUUGAUCUCGUAAAAGCAACAGUGCAUCUAUCGGUGCCAGAUCAGUGCGAACAAGUCCGCGAAAUCGAUGGUUGGAAAGACAUUUGUUACUUCAAAGACUUCCUGACAUUCCCUGGCCAAUUAAAUAAACGUCAAAUGUACGAUUCAGUUGCUGGUAAUUCGUACGUCUACGACGUCAACAUAGUCUGUAAAAUAACUCUGCACAAUUAUAUUAAAGACGUAUCGCCAAAUAACUUUUACGACGAGCUACAGCAUUUUUUCAAGUCAACAAACUUUAGUGACAUCACACUGAUUGUAGGUGACACUGAAAUUCCAGCUCAUCGAGUUAUUUUAUCAGCAAAUAGUCCAGUAUUUGCUACGAUGCUUCUCUCAGAUAUGAAGCAGUCAAGACAAAAUUUUAUUAGUAUAGAUAAAAUAGAUAUGGAAGUUACUCUGGAGAUGUUGAAUUUUUUUUACAAAGGUGUUACUAAAGCCAGUUUUGAUACAGACUUUGCUCUUAAAAUGUUGGAAGCUUCUGAUAUGUAUCAGGCAAAUAAAUUAAAGAAUAUUUGCGAAAUGACUUUAUUAAGAAAUAUGACUGUUGAAAAUAUUUUAACAAUUGUUGAUAUUGCUGAUGAUUAUAACGCUUUGGAAUUACGUAGAAAUGCUAUAAGAUUUAUCGUUAGUAAUAGUGACAAAGUAUUUGGACUUAAAAAGUUUGAAGAAUUGUUUUACAGAAAGCCGCGAUUGAUGUUUGAGUUAAUGUGUACUAUUGAUUUUAUUCAAUAAUUUAAAUUUACGCGCCAGUUUGUUGAAGGAGACAUUUUUUUGAAUGCGCUCGCGCAGUAUAAUGUUCGCGGCAAACAUCAGCAUGAAAAUGAAGAAUAAU